GUCACACUAUAUGAUAUGAUUGAUAUACCCCUCAACAUGUUUUGCUAGUUGCCUAGUUGCAACCUAAGAUUUUAUAUAAUCUAUACAUUUUCAGAAAAUCCAAACACAACACACUAUUCAGGUUUCUCUCUUUGUUUCUUUCUCUCUUUCCCACUUUUCAAUCCACAAAGGCGGUUUCCAACACACACACUCUUCAGUUUCCACAAAAACAUCAUAACCAUUGUUACAACAACAACAACAACAAUUUCAACAGACUGUUCCAAAAAACCACAAUCUUUGUUAUGUUAAUGCGUCACCUUCACAAAUCUGAUACUGAAGAAAUCAGAAAAGAAGAAAAAAACUUCAACCUUUCUUCCGAUUUCACUCACAACCAAACCCAUUUCUCAAUUCAAGUUACACCCUUUUCUUCUCCAUUCCAUUUUCACAAUCAAAACCAACAACAACGGUUUUCUAAUAACAAUCCAUCAUCACCAUCUCAAACACCACCUUCACACAAAACCCAUCAAAACAAUUCAUCCUUUUCAUCACCCUUUACCUCAAAGUUCACAUCUUUGAAACUUCUAACACGUUUCCAUUUCAUAAUCUUCAUUUCCUUAACCUCUCUUUACUUUCUCAUUUCAAAUCCAACUCUUCUUGAUUUUCUCUUUGUUCUUCUUUUCUCAUCUGCACUUUUUGUUUCUAUUAAUCUAGCACUCCCUCGUUUACCUUCUAUUCGUUUAUUCUUCUCAAGAUCAUUUCCUAAGAAUCUUUCUUCAUCUAACUCUCCCCAACCUGUUUUAUGGUCAAUUGGGUCAAAAGAUGAUGAGUUAAAAAGCUUAAAUUCUGGAUCUUGGGUUCAAGUUUAUAGUAAUGGUGAUGUUUAUGAAGGUGAGUUUCAUAAGGGAAAGUGUUCAGGGAGUGGUGUUUACCAUUUUCAUAUGAGUGGUAGAUUUGAAGGUGAUUGGAUUGAUGGAAAGUAUGAUGGUUAUGGUGUUGAGACAUGGGCUAGAGGAAGUAGGUAUCGUGGGAUGUAUAGGAAAGGUUUGAGACAUGGAAUUGGAAUUUAUAGGUUUUUUGGUGGUGAUGUUUAUAAUGGUGAAUGGUGUAAUGGUCAGUGUCAUGGGUUUGGAGUUCAUACUUGUAGUGAUGGGAGUCAUUAUGUUGGGGAGUUUAAAUGGGGUGUUAAACAUGGAUUAGGCCGGUACCAUUUCAGAAAUGGGGACAUAUAUGCUGGGGAAUAUUUUGCAGACAUGAUGCACGGCUUUGGAGUUUAUCAAUUUCAAAAUGGUCACCGAUAUGAGGGUGCAUGGCACGAAGGAAGAAGACAAGGACUCGGAAUGUACACAUUUAGAAACGGGGAAACACAGUGUGGUCACUGGCAGAAUGGUAUUCUUGAUAAUCCGAAAAAGCAAGACAAUCAUAUUCAAGCUCCAUGUGCUGUGGACCAUGCCAAGGUUUUCAAAGCUGUCCAGGAUGCUCAUUGUGCGGCGGAGAAAGCUUACAGUAUGUCAAAGAAGGAUGAAAUGGUGAAUAAAGUAGCAGCUGCAGCUAAUAAAGCAGCAAAUGCAGCUAGAGUUGCAGCUGUGAAAGCUGUGCAAAAUACUAUGCAUCAAAAUAACAAUGAUCAAUGAAUUGUGCACUCAUUACCUUAGUCUUAUGAUGAUUGAAGAACAUUUCAUCUCUCAUUCUCCAUCACAAGCUACAUUCAGAAAACUACUAUUAGAUAAGUAAAAGCAAAGGAAGAAGCGGAAUCAUAGAAAUGCAGGAAAAAAAAAACCGAGAUCUAACUCGAUUUUGGUAAGUCGUGUACUUUGUUCUCAUCCUCACUAAGGAGUUGUUUCCAUUUCUUUGUCUUGGUAUAGUUGUGAGGUUCCUGCUUGGAACCACUUUUUGUCAUUGAACUCUAUGACAGAUUGUGGAGCAAAUAGGUUCUUCACUUUUAGUGUCUUAUUUUGUGAGUAUAGGAAGAGUAAGGAUAAUAUAUACUAUAGAGUUGCAAUGUCACCAAUGUAUUUGGCACAAAGUGCCAAAAAAUGACCGAAGUUUAGUAUAGGGUUUACAUGCUAUACGCUGGCUUUCUGUUAUGAACAUAUUAUUGUAUAUUUGGUUUCAUGCUAGAGAGUAUCAAAAUAGAAUUGAUUACUCCUCUUGGUGAAAAUACAAGUGUUUGGUUACUGUCUUAGAGAAUUGAUUUUACCUCCAAAUUUCGGUUUGACUA